UUUAGUGAAUUGGACUCGAUUCGAUCCGAACAUCAAACCGCUGCUGACGACGUCGACGGAUACCUCAGCAAUCCAGUAAAUGCAUAUCGACUCAUUAAGCGCUUACAUACUGACUGGCGUUCUAUUGAGGACAUUGUUCGGGAGGAUCACACUCAGAUGGAUUUUCUUAACACCAUGGAAGCUAAUCGGGGAAGAUUCGAUUUUCCCACCACGGUGGAUAUUGAAGGAGCUGCGGCGGCAUUAGUACGGCUACAGGAUACGUACAAACUGGAUGUUGGUGAUUUAGCGGGUGGGGUUUUAAAUGGAAUGAAAUACGGGGCGUCAAUGACUUGGCAAGAUUGCUUUAUUCUUGGACAUCAUCUGUUUGAGAUGAACGACUUCAAUCACACCAUCACUUGGUUAAAGCAGUCAGUUCAACUGCUCAAGGAGCAAGAAUACAACCCAGAUCCGAGGACGCUGGACUUUUUGGAAACGGUGGUGGCCUAUCACCUGGAAAUGGGCGAUCUCGAAACGGCCUUGGAGCUAGUGGAUCACAUACUGGCCACUGACGCGACACGCGUGCACAUGUCCGAUACUAAGCUCCACUUGCAGCUCAUGAUUAGCGAUGGCGUUAAAACGGGCCUGUUGCAUGAGACGGUUUCGCCCCCGGGCGAUUAUCAUCUUACCAAUGACUUCAAGCUUUACGAACAAGUCUGCCGUGGUGAAUUACACCUCACCGCUGCCGAAGAACGGCAUCUGCGCUGCCGCUUUGAUAGUAAUAAAGUCCCAUAUCGCCUACUGCAACCUUUUAAGGUGGAGGAGCUCUCAUUGGAUCCGAGAAUAGUACAAAUACACUAUGUCAUUUCAGAAAGCGACACUAGCGCUGUGAAGCGGUUGGCCAAAGCGCGCAUGUCUCGCUCGCAGGUGCGCAAUAUCAAUGGGACGCCUGCAUCGACCGCCAAUUAUCGUAUCAGCAAAAGCGCAUGGUUUUCAUAUGAAGAAAGUAGACAUUUGCGGAAAAUUCAACGUUACAUGGGCGAUCUCUCAGGGUUGAAUAUGGCGAAUGCUGAGCAUUUGCAGGUGGCUAACUAUGGCAUCGGGGGACAUUAUGAACCGCAUUUUGACUUCUUCACCGAUAACAGCACAUUUUCGCCAUCAGUAGGAAAUCGCCUUGCUACCGGAAUAUUUUAUUUAUCGGACGUAGAGGAAGGGGGUGGCACAGCUUUUCCCUACCUUCGUCUUCGUGUGAAGCCGCAGCAUGGAAGUGUGCUUUUCUGGUAUAAUUUGCAUCGUUCCGAGGAGCCCGAUUAUCGUACGCGGCAUGCUGCCUGUCCUGUGCUCAAGGGUUCUAAAUGGAUUGCAAAUAUUUGGGUACGCGCGCGUCAUCAAGACCUUCAGCGACCGUGCGACAUUGUGCCUGAUCAUGAAGUGUCGCUCAAAUAUAAAGACUUGCAUUGA